AUGGAGUGUCUUUUUCCGCAUCCCAAGAUAGGAUCUUCUUUCUUGGAGAUCCUCCGUGGCUCUCUUACUCGAAAACUACUGGGUUUCGAUGCUGUACAUGCCGAAAAAGUCCCCUUCGUAUCUGGUGUCGCCUCCAGGCUGAAGUUUCUGCUCAAUGAUACGACAAAUCAGCUAUCAUUCCUUGAAAUUGGUUACACCUCUCUGGAAGCUUUCCUCCAGGCCAAUUGUACAGGUCCCCCUCUUGACGUCAACCCGGAAGAAUCAAUCUUUCCCGAGGCGCACCGGAAUGAUCUGAAAAUUACCAGAGAAGAAAUCCUCGAAUUUCUUUCGGUUGACGGUAGCCAGCCAUAUCCUUUGACCCCACAUAUUGAACUCUUCUGGCUUGCCAAGGUCAUAAUGUCCAACCCUGUCCUUGCUGAAGCAGGUUUUAAUGGUCGAAGAGCAAGAUUUAGGAUCAACUAUUGGCAUCAGAAACUCCUCUCGGAAGAAUCUGCCACCCUCCACGACAUCAUCUAUUCUGAUGCCGACGUUCUUGAACAUCAACUUAUCUCCCGCCUCGCCUUCAAUAGUGCUGCUGCAGAGGAACAUUUUGUCGAAUUCCUGGUCGAACGAGCGACAAUACGUACGUAUUAUGGAGACGACUCACUUGCAAGGGCCGAUCUCGCUAGGGCAGCAACAAUUCGACAAUUUCAAUUCGCUUUGACUGGCGUACUGGGGAAGCGGACAAAAUUUCAAGACCGAGACGUCAGCCAACUCGUCGUUCUGGCCAAGAGCAGAGACCACGGACCUGGGCCAGAGAGCAGUCGCAACAACAGCAAGGCAGAAGAUACGGAACCGAGGAAGAGCAGUGCAGAUGCCGACCGUCAGUCACGACCAAAGACUCCCGAUCUUCCUCUCAUGGGUUCGAUAGCUCCGCCGUCUGCAUCAAUGUCGCAGACACCAGCAACCCCAAAAGAUCGUCAUGAGCACACAUCUCCGCUGCCCAACCCGCCUACAAAGCCUGAUAAUCUCCCCCUCAACGACGACACGCUCCUCGAGAAAAUCCACUUCAAAUCUAACUGGUCACCCGUAUCCGAAAGCACGAUGACUCGAGUCAUCUCUUCGGAUUCUUCUUUAUCACCUCAACUAUCCUCCCUGGACCCUUCAAACCAACCACUCCUCUCUCCCAUGGACAGUAUCAUCCUCCUAGCUAUCGCGAGGAGUAUCUCCAACACUUCCCCAUCGGAUGGCCUUGUCCGGGAAGAAACACUCCCAUACGCAACCCGGGUUCUCGAAGGCGGCUCGUCAAAUUGGCAAGUCUAUACCCAAGCCUUACUUGUCCGAAGUCGUAUUGAAGGCUAUCGAUCCCGCACAGCCGAGAGAGGAUUACUACAAUUGCAAGCUCUUGUCGAUCAAGUCAUUGUUGAGACGUCCGAAACACCGCCUCCUACGGCCUCAAAAGAUCCAACUUCCGGAUCCACAUCCGGCAUAUCCUCCACAUCCACACCAACGCCAAAUACAUUCCUCCCCAAACCGUCAGCCUCAGAGUCUGCCACCGUGGCUGAACGCAUGAAAUAUAUUUACCAACUCUCCCCACCUCUAAGGUGGGAGUUAGAGGCCGAGUUAGCAGCGCGCUGGACACACAUGGGCGGUCUCAAGACAGCGCUCGAAAUCUACGAACGAUUACAGAUGCACGCUGAAGUCGCUUUGUGUCUGGCUGCAACGGAUCGAGAAGACCAAGCCGUCAAGUCGUUGAAGGGCCUCCUUUUUGACAAUGCGCCGGUUGAACCUCUCGAGUCAGAUGGUAGCAAUUCUUCUUCUCCAAAGACAUUGAAACUUCGUUCUCCUCCUCCUGCAGAUGCCCCCCGUCUCCUAUGUAUUCUGGGCGACAUCACAGGCCUCCCGUCUUACUACACUCUCUCCUGGACCAUAUCCUCGUGUCGAUAUGCUCGCGCCCAGCGCUCCCUAGGUCGCUACUACAGCCAAAAACGAGAUUUUCAAGCUGCGGCCGACGCGUAUUCGCUUGCACUGAAUAUCUCCCGCCUCGAUCGCGCGAGCUGGUUCGCAUUGGGCUGCGUACAGCUUGAAUUGCAACGAUACAUGGGGGCGACGGAGUCGUUUACCCGCUGCGUGCAACUGGAUGACAAAGACGCCGAAGCCUGGUCGAAUUUGGCAGUGGCCUUGGCAAAGCUCCCUAGACCCUCUGCUGAUGUGCCGCAGACGAAGACGCAGACACAGACACGGAUUAUGACUGAUGAUGAAACCGCUGUUUCCCAACCAUCGCAUGUGGGCGACGAAGGACCAACCGACCCUCUCACACCACCUUCAUCGAGCCCAGCAAGGGCCGAUCCAUAUCGACAUGUCCGAGAAGCCCUACGCGCCCUCCGCCGCGCUGCAACCCUCAAGCGCGACGACGCUCGUAUCUGGGACAACUACCUGACAGUCGCGGCAAGUAUUCCGCCCAGCGCAGACACGCCGUGGAACGAAAUCAUCCAGGCCAUGGGACAGGUUGUCGAAUUACGAGGCAAGAAGGAAGGUGAACGUGCAGUGGACCUGACGAUUUUGAAGGUCCUGGUCGAAUACGUCACGCAAAGUUUUGUGUAUCCGGAUUCUGCUGCCGCUGGGGAAAGCGGGAGUAGGAGCGGGAAGGACGAGUCCUCCAUCAUGGCCGACAAAGGCCCGCAUGAACCCAAAACAACGCCGGAAGUGCCUACCAAUACCUAUAAUAAUACCACACUCCCGUAUACACCCCGCGCCUUCCUCUCCCUAAUUGACAACCAAAUCACCCCCCUCGCUACCUCCAGCUCGCAACUGUACUCCCUCCUCUCGACUCUAAGUCUUUGGCGCCAUCGCCCCUCCCAAUCUUUGCUUUACGCCGAAACCUCAUGGCGCUUACACCUAACUUCCCUCUCUGCGUCUGAGGAAUUUGAUAAUCUGAGUGAGAGGCAGUGGGAGAGUGUCGUUGACAAGACUAUCUGGAUGGUAAAGAAGUAUGAGGAGUUGGGACCGAUGGAACGAGAGAGGACGGGCGGCGAAGUUGAGAGCAAAUGGAGGUUUAAAGCACGGAGCGCGGUGAGGAGGGUUUUGGGACGGGGGAAGAAUUGGGAGGGCACAAAGGCAAGUGAGAGGUUAAGGAAGAUUAUGGAGGAGGGUAAGAAAUAA